CGUGUUAUUCUGAAUAGGAUUAAUUGAUGUGAUGCGCAGCUGCAAUGAGGUUUUAUGACCUCAAAGGUGCAAUACCCUGGCCCCAUGUAGUUCUCGAACAGAACAUCAACCUCACCACGGCUUUGUGGCUCACUGUUAAAUUCCUCGGAUCGCUGAGCACUCACCGUAUCAUUUCCCUCGCACUGGCAGGUCUCAAGUUGGUGUGCCAGUCUUGCAGUUUCAGCUCCCUAAGAAGUCAUCUUUGCUCACUAACCCAGCAAACAAUGUGGAGAAGUGUCGAGCUGCGUUGCGGGCAUUGUCCUCCAGGCAAUUCACGUCGAUCCUCGUCUCUGAACAAUCUCGCACUCAGUCUUCGAGACAGAUCGCAUCAUUUCGAUAAAGCGGCAGAAGAUGGUCCAGUCAUUAUUCUUAAUGCAAGCCAAUAUGGCUGUGAUGCCUUGAUUAUCCAUAGCACAGAAGAUCCUGUUCACGUUUCGCUUGACACUACGCAAGCCGAAGUGUCCGAGUUCUCCUCCGAGUUCCAGUCACUUGCAGAGGUGUUCGGUUCUUCUAAUCGUCGAAACACGCUUGUUCGCAUCCUUCGCAAGCUUUGGGAUCGUCGUUCAACCUAUAGUCCAAUCCCUCGAGAAGUCCAAAGUUCCCCCUCGCUCGCGUAUCUGGUGGUGUCCCACUGCUGAAUUCACGCUUCCCAUCCAUGCAGCAGGACCCUACGAGGAGAAAAAAGACAAUUUGUCUGACAUUUACAUCUCUUCUUACACCC